AUGUCUCUGUCACCUUUCUUACUGGUUUCUGCAGCCUUUGCGUCAGCGCUUCUGUUCUCAGUUUUCCAUGCCCAUCGACGUAGGUCUUCAAGAUUUCCACCUGGGCCAACAGGCACUUUAUUUGGUGGAAUGGCUUCCAAAAUUUCUGCCACUGAGCCGUGGCAGCAGUAUCAUGCCUGGAGCCAGCAAUACGGCCCCGUCAUGUCAUUCCGAGUUUACAACACACGCAUCGUCGUCUUGAACUCAUACCGGUCUAUCCACGAUCUCCUUAAUGGGCGUGCUUCCAUCUACUCUGACCGACCUUAUUCAUCUAUGUUGCAUGACCCCAACAUGUGUAACCGUGGGAAGACCGUGUUUAACAUCUCCGCAAAGCAUCCUCGACACCGAAAGUAUAGGAAAUUAUUGCAAGGAGGGUUGAGCGCAAAGGCGACGAAGGAGUACGAAAGCCUCUUGGUCGACGAGACAAAAGCACUUGUUGAAGGGCUGGCAGAGAUGCCAAGGAUGGUUGAGUGGCUUGUAAGAAGAAACGCCGGAGCUAUGAUCAUGAAGGUUGCAUUCGGUUAUACCAUCGCCGACAGGAACGAUUUCUUUCUCGAGGGAGCAAAGGAGUCUUCUCAAAUCUCGGGCAAAGCCAUGGCACCCGGGAGGUGGCUCGUGAAUUACUAUCCCAUUCUGCGACAUGUCCCAUCGUGGCUCCCAGGGGCCGCUUUCAAGCGCCAGGCCAAUGAAUGGAGAGAGAGGUUUGACUCUCUGACGGACGCACCCCAUGAAUGGGUCAAGGAGCGGAUGGCAACGGGAAAAUACACCGAGUCAUUCACAUCGAAACUCCUCAAAGCCGGAGUGGACGGAAGGGGUUCGCUUUGCGGCGAGGACGAAAACAUUGUCAAGUUCUGCGCAGCGGGGCUGUAUGCUGGAGCAGCUGAUACGACGAUAUCGGCGUUGCUUUCCUUCAUCUUACUCAUGGCAUUAUAUCCGGCGGUCCAAGAACGCGGUCAACAGGAGCUCGACUCUCUUUUCGACGACGGUCAUGAUCAGGAGUCCAGGUAUCUGACACUUGAGGACUUAGACAGGCUGGAUUAUCUGCCUCUCGUUAUGAAAGAAGUACUGCGGUUUGCGUGUGUUGGACCACUUGCUCUACCACACGAGGUGACUGAGAACGACAUAUACGAUAACUACCUGCUCCCGAAGGGUAGCACCGUUCUCGCCAACGUUUGGUCCAUUAUGCACGACCCAGAAUUAUACCCCGACCCUUUCACGUUCAAUCCAGACAGAUUUAUUCCCUCUAGCGGCUCUGAGAAAAUAUCACAGCAGCUUGACCCCUGUGUGGUGGCGUUUGGAUUUGGAAAGAGGACGUGUCCUGGCCGCGCCUUUGCUGAAGCAUCCAUGCUCCUUACCAUGGCCAACAUUCUCUUCUUCCUCUCUAUCCGACCUGCUUGCCCACAAGUCCCGUCCGCCCCACUCCAGUUUACAACCGGUUUCACAAGGUGA